AUGGUGACCCAGAAUGUACAAGCACCGUUGGUAUUGAUUCCGCAUUGCAAUGCUGGUUCUGGUGUUAAAGGAACAACAAAGAAUCGAAAUCGAGGACCACGAAUAUUCCCGAGAGGAACCAGGGUAGUGGAAGGAGAUUAUGUUCAUUCUGGUUACUUGUUGGCAAGGAUGGUGCGAAAGUUCCGCUGGUUGCCGGGAGCUAAUGUUGUUGCUGGAAGGAAAAUGCGACUUAUAGCAAAAUGUUCCGGCACUGUUCGAUUCACCAAGGAAGUUUAUAUUCCUGGACCUGAGUCGCCAGAUGCAGAGAUUGCGAAAAACUUUGUAAAAGNGGGCCGUUCAUGUAGGACGUUUAUAAAUGUGGUUCCAGAAAGAGAUGUUGGACGUUUUAAAUUAGUUGAGACUGUAUAAAUCGUGUUUUUCAUUUUAAUUAUAAAUCUUGUUUCAUUGCUAUUUAAA